CAGGUCUAGUGUGCAAGACGUGAUCCACGAUAGUAUUCAUCGAGUAUGCGUGUACUCAUAUCAAUCGUCCUAGCAGGUUUGAGUCUGGCGGCGAGUAGUUGCUUGGAUUUUGUGGACGUUUCAAAUAUUCCGACCUGCUACAGGGGCACAUUCCUUUGCCUGGGAGCAGAGGAUGACAAUUGCCAUCUAGGAGAAAACCAGCUUGUUAUGCAUGUCCUUGACAUGGGGCGUGAUAGGAGAACACGCCAACCACAAAUUGGCUUGAAGAUGGAAAAUGAAGGCAUGGCCAAAAGCACUAUAGAAACAAUCUGGGUGGAGGACGAGUACAAUCUCUUCAGCGGCCUUUCUCCCUUUUCUCCGCUUAUCAAUUCGGCAGAUGUUCGCUACCAUCUUAUCGAUAACGCAACUGUCUUCACCGACGCUCUGGCUCAUCACGUGCCCUUCGAUCAGCAUUUUGUCGCGUCCUGUGUACCGGAACAGAAGGAUAUGUCAAUUCUGCGGAGCAUGCAUCGCCAAGCUAAAACUGUUGACUGCGUACAAAAUAGUGGGGCAGAAAACAAGCACAACUUUGUCACCAUGGCUUUCGAGACAACUUGCUCAGUAGAAGACGUGGAGAUGGCACUUAAGCUGGGGUUGAUUCGGGUAGGGGUGCAGCUGAGUGGAUUUGCCAAAAAACCCGUGCGUAAAGGCUUCAUCACGUGUCAAGACAUGUUGGAAGUGCUGCCGUUUGACGAAGAAGACCAUGAUGAUUCAAUCGAGAGCUUUGACUUCGAUGAGGAUGAGUUUUGGGAGGAGGAGUGGGACGAGCCUCGUGCCGCACAAAAGAAACGCAACAGGAUGUGAAAGAGGAAUGUCCUGUAAGCAUGAUAGAAACAAGUUGAGGGAUAUCAUACUCAUUACGCAGUGUGCAAAGGUGUCGAGGAAGAAAAUGGCUCAUGGUGAUGAUGUCUCCACUUUCAUUUGUGAGAGGCAGAGAAUAGAGUCUUCUACAAUAGAAAUAGGUCUACACGCGCAAAUAUGGGGGACGUAAUAUUCUUUUUUAUCGCGGUCACUUACUUUUGAAUGUGAGGCGUUGAAAAUUGCUGUGCGCGAUUACGCAGAUCUAAGAAAAAUCUAUAAACAAGAAAUAACAAUACACGGGUGGCA